AUGGCCGAGCAGUUUGGACGGGCCAAUUCGACCCGGUGGAACGCCGAGGUGCCUGACUACGACGACUGGGGCCACGAGUACGACGACGAGGUCCAGCAGCUCGCCGAUGUCGCCGAGGACCUCGCCGAGGACCACGACGAGACCGCUAGCGAACCGGAACCAGAGGAAAAUCAACCUCAUCUGAAACAAGCACAUCAUGACAACCCGCCGCCGUUGAAUCCGUUGGUAUUAUCGAUCGAUCAGCCCAGUGACGAUGACGAUUCCGACAUCGACGAUACGCCCACCAACCACCCGCUGCCGCCUCAAACUAAGCAAACACGACCACCGGCGCCACCCACCAUCUCCAUUAGUGGCCCUGAAGAGGCGCCGCCGCUGAAACCCGUGCCGCCGCCACCGCCUCCGAUGCCGAAAGCGGAAGUCGUCCAACCACCAACUACCCCACCCUCAAAGCCGGUGGUGCCUAAAGUUCAACCUGUACCGGUUGUACCGGCGGGAGAAGAAGCUGAUGAGGAGGAUAGCUACGAUAGUGACGACCUGAUCCAGGUGGAACACACGUUGAACGUUGCCAGUCCCAAUAAGCGUAAGAGUCUUUUGAUUGACCCUAAUAAAGUGAAUGAGGAGUUCCUUAAUGAUCCUCCGGAUAGUCCCACUCAGAAACGCAAGUCGACAAGGAAGAAACCGGCACUGGCGGCACCGAUGGCACCGCCUCCCAUCCCGAUGUUUGUCAUUAACCACGACUACGAUAAGGACUUGCCUACCGAUGACAGCUGGGGUACGCCUCGGGAAACACCCCCAGCAGAAGAUACUAAGCAUCCGGUGCCAAUUGCUGAAGAGCCAGUCCCAGAAGAACCAAAUGAACCAGCUUACGAUGAGCCAGCCUAUAAGGAGCCAGCUUAUGAGGAGCCAGCUUAUGAGAAACAAACUUAUGAGGAGCCGACUUAUGAGGAGCCAGCAUAUAAGGAACCAGCUUACACAGAACCUGUGUAUGAGGAACCAGCUUAUACGGAACCCGUCACCAAACAAGUGGAUAUCCCUGCUCCGCCUCCUCCAGUGGUGGCAGAGGAACCGGUGAACCGCAAACUGACCAAGCGUAAGGCUCCCAUUGGUCCCAAGCCCCUCGAACCAGAAAUCACCAGUUACGAUCACCACCAAGAACCAGAAGCUUCUACUGCCUCGAAUGCUGCUACUCCUGCUCCCCUCGUCCUCUCGAUUGACAACGAAGUACUGGACUCGCUGGACGACAACUGGGGCCACCAAACCGAGGACGAAUGGGGCCACAACUCUGACUCGUCUUCUGAAGGUGAAAUUGAUGAACCCACACCCUACCGGGCACGCAGUGAUACUGACUCGGAUAAUGACCCCACGCCCGACUUGAACAUCACCAAACUGAGCCUGAACCAUACCACCAUGGCGUCGCCUCGCCAACCGGUGGACACCACCAUGCUCGACGACCUCAUGCACGAUAUCGAGAACGUAUCCUACGGCGAGCCUGAUGUCGCUACUCCUACUGUGGCUACGCCUCAACAAGAAGAACCGCCCCGCAAACCGCUGGGGGCUAAGGAGCUUCCUGAGAUCGAUACCGGCGACUUCUCGCUGUCGUUUGCCCGCUAUAUGGACCAGGAAUGGCUGGAAAACCCGAUCACUCCUUUAUCGCCAGCGCAGCUGAUACUGAUGCACCAGGACUUUGUCCGUAGCGUCAGUGACCGCCGGCUGCUGGUGCGCAAACCGCCUUCUAAUCCCAGAGCUGCGUUGGUGCUGAUGGACUAUUCCCUGAUUGCCGAUGCUGUUAGCAACUAUAUGGACGACGAUCUGAAGACGAUAGACCUGGUCAAACGUUCAGAACGAGUUCGUGACGAUAUCCUGAUGGCUGAGGAAGCGCUGGUGAUGCUGCUGGAGGCGUCAUUUACUAAGAACGAUGAUCGUAAUGGCAUUCCUCCACCUCCGCCUCCUAAGAUCGAUAUCGAUAUGCUGAGUCGGAGAUCGCUGGCGCAAACUCUUGGUGGGUUCGGUCAAUGGAAGCCGAAUACGCUGACGUUCCGCGACCAGUUUAUCAACGAACAGGCGGAUCUGGACACUGAGAGCAACACUAUCAUUGAAAGCAACUACCUGAAGUUCACUCAGCCGCGGCUGCGGGUGGUGCUGGAGGUGCCGCUGUUACCGGAAACUAUCGACGUGGCCAUGCCUCGGAUUGACGAAGACGAGGAUGCUAAUUUGAGCAGUGACGAUAGCCGUCGCAUUCUGAUGGACACUGUAGGGUCGUCAGUGCUUGUGCCGCCUACUUCGUCGAAGCCGGUAUUCCAUGAAGAGAAGCUUACGCCUAACCCGCUGAUGGAAGAAGUACACGAUAAGGACGCCAAACCGGUGAAGCAGCGCUACCUGAGCUUGCUUGAUGGCAUUGAAGAUAAGCCUAAGGUCCCCGAAAAGCAGCGCUAUCUGUCCCUUUUGGCCGGCGUCAGUGGUGGUGACGGUCGCGAUCGUCUGGUGCUGAACGCUACGGAUAAGCUGGUGGACACUAUUGUCGCCACUCCCCCAUCCAACGACCCUUUGUCAACGCUUCAAGAACUGGAGCCCACGGCUGACACCUCCAUUGAAGACGAAGAUGACGACAAGGACGAAACCAAUGACGAUAGUGGUAACAACUUGACCCAAAGUGUAUCUAAACCGUCGUCGCUUGCGCUGCUUUCUCAACCCCAACAACAAGAGCCCGCCACGCUGGUGGAUCCGGCAACCGUGAAGUUCACGCCCAAACGGUACCCGGUGCUGGACUGGAAACAGAUCAUGCUGACGGGACAACCGGUGGACAAGAUUGCCAACCUCAAGUCGGCCAUCGAGGCGGAAUGCAACUACGACACGGGGCUCCACAUGUGGCUUGAAGUCGUGGUCAAACAGCAGAAGCAAGAGCCGCAAAUGACCAACGGGCGCAUUGCCACUGAGGCCUACCAGAACGCGACCCAUCUGGAUAUUCGCCGCCACAACUCCCUCAACACUAAGCAAAUUGUUGGCGACGUCAAGGACAGUUUGGUCAACGCGGCUCCGGCAGCGAGAAGUUUCGGCAAGAAGUUCUUCAACAAGAGUAAGUCGUUGAUGAAGAAGGCCAACUAG